AGAACCAGAGGGCGAAUGUUCUCAGUCCCGCACCAGCUGACCCCUGGGUUUUUAAAGAAGGAAAGCCCUGAUGCUUUGAUUUUCAUACAUUCCAAGUUACCCUGAGUUGUCAAAUCAGCCAGAGAUCCAGAGUUCUUCGGGGGUUGCAGCCAACUGAUAACCUUCGGGCUGCCGCUUUGGUUUUUGUUAUCCAUUUUGGCCCUAGAUCCUCUUUCUCACCUUGUCCUCACCCUCCUGGAUUCUCCUCAGCAAAGUUCAAGAAAGAUCCUUGGUUCCGGAUUCAGUGCCAACAAUAUGCCCAAGCAGGUGGAAGUGCGCAUGCACGACAGCCACCUCAGCUCCGAGGAGCCAAAGCACCGAAACCUGGGCAUGCGCAUGUGCGACAAGCUGGGGAAGAACCUCCUGCUCUCACUGACUGUGUUUGGUGUCAUCCUGGGAGCAGUAUGUGGCGGGCUGCUUCGCUUGGCGGCUCCCAUCCACCCUGAUGUGGUCAUGUUGAUAGCCUUCCCGGGGGACAUCCUCAUGAGGAUGCUGAAGAUGCUCAUCCUCCCUCUCAUCAUUUCCAGUCUCAUCACAGGGCUGUCAGGGCUGGAUGCUAAAGCCAGCGGCCGCCUAGGCACGAGAGCCAUGGUAUAUUACAUGUCCACGACCAUCAUUGCCGCUGUGCUGGGGGUCAUCCUGGUGUUGGCCAUCCACCCUGGGAAUCCCAAACUCAAGAAGCAGCUGGGGCCUGGGAAGAAGAACGACGAGGUGUCCAGCCUGGAUGCCUUCCUGGAUCUCAUUAGAAAUCUCUUCCCGGAGAACCUGGUACAAGCCUGUUUCCAACAGAUUCAGACUGUGACAAAGAAAGUUCUGGUGGCACCUCCAUCCGAGGAGGCCAAUACAACCAAGGCAGUCAUCUCCCUGUUGAAUGAGACCAUGAAUGAGGCCCCUGAAGAAACUAAGAUCGUUAUCAAGAAGGGCCUGGAGUUCAAGGACGGGAUGAAUGUCUUAGGUCUGAUUGGAUUCUUUAUUGCUUUCGGCAUUGCCAUGGGGAAGAUGGGUGAGCAGGCCAAGCUGAUGGUGGAGUUCUUCAACAUUCUGAACGAGAUUGUCAUGAAGUUAGUGAUCAUGAUCAUGUGGUAUUCCCCGCUGGGUAUCGCCUGCUUGAUCUGUGGGAAGAUCAUCGCCAUCAAGGACUUAGAAGUGGUUGCUAGGCAGCUGGGGAUGUACAUGAUCACAGUGAUCGUGGGCCUCAUCAUUCAUGGGGGCAUCUUUCUCCCCUUGAUUUACUUUGUAGUGACCAGAAAAAACCCAUUCUCCUUUUUUGCUGGCAUUUUCCAAGCCUGGAUCACUGCCCUGGGAACCGCUUCCAGUGCUGGAACUUUGCCUGUCACCUUCCGUUGCUUGGAAGAUAAUCUAGGGAUUGACAAGCGUGUGACCAGAUUCGUCCUCCCAGUCGGAGCAACCAUUAACAUGGAUGGUACAGCCCUUUACGAAGCCGUGGCAGCCAUCUUCAUAGCCCAGAUGAAUGGGGUCAUCCUGGAUGGAGGUCAGAUAGUGACUGUAAGCCUUACAGCAACUCUGGCGAGCAUUGGUGCAGCCAGUAUUCCCAGCGCCGGGUUGGUCACCAUGCUCCUCAUUCUCACAGCUGUGGGCCUGCCGACAGAGGACAUCAGUCUGCUGGUGGCAGUGGACUGGCUGCUGGAUAGAAUGAGAACUUCGGUCAAUGUAGUGGGCGAUUCUUUUGGGGCUGGGAUUGUCUAUCACCUUUCCAAGUCCGAGCUGGACACCAUUGACUCCCAACACCGAAUGCACGAAGACAUCGAAAUGACCAAGACGCAGUCCAUUUAUGACGACACGAAGAACCACAGGGAAAGCAACUCUAAUCAAUGUGUCUAUGCCGCACACAACUCUGUCGUAAUAGAUGAGUGCAAGGUAACUCUGGCGGCCAAUGGAAAGUCAGCUGACUGCAGUGUUGAGGAAGAACCUUGGAAACGUGAAAAAUAAUGACCCGAUUCUCAGCCAAUUCUUGAAUAAACUCCCCAGCGUAUCUUAUGGUAAAAGAUGCUCUAAACAGGCUUCCUUUACAAAAGGAAAAAUGCAUAUAUUUCUAUGUUUACUUAAUCUGUUAGCUGAGGCGUAGAGGAGCUGUGUACACCCAUGAUGAUAGGCACCGUGCCGUGUCUUUGCCAAAUAAUGCUUCAUAACCAUCUAAUUUUCUUACUUGUGUUAUUGUCUGAAUGGAUGCUGCUGGAGAAACCACUUUGAAUGGAAGACAUGUUCUUGCCAGCUUCCUGUUGUCUCAGUGCAAAACUGUGGAUGCUGUUUUUCCAAGGGGAUGGGAUGAAAGCAGUGCGGUGCCCUCCGGGGACUUGAGACACCAAGCACACAAGGUGUCCUUAAAGUGUGGCUCACCUUGUUCUGCACAAAAGAUUCUGCUGGAAGCUUUUAGAAGUACCUCCCCUCCAGCCUGUAGAGUCGGCACCUACAUUGAUUGAAAGCAUCUGUCUUGGGGAACUCUGAGAACUUACCUUUUUGUGCACUGUCUAAGUAAAAUGUUUCAGAGUUUCAGUGGGCACCCAUAUUCUGAAAUGCAGGUGAUCACAGAGGCCACAGCUCUGCCUUCCUGUGGAGUGUGUGUGUGUGUGUGUGUGUGUGUGUGUGUGUGUGUGUGUGUAUGUGUGUUAUCACUGUAUACCUUGAGGAACAUGAAGGAGCACAGUCAACCUGAAUUUUAGCCAGAAUUAAAUAUUCCAAUCCACUUGUUUGACCUACACUCGUAGAGCAUAGUGAAGGCAAGUGUGAUGAUCCGAGCUGUACUUUUCGUUCCACCUAUAGAUUCUCACUUGAGUUCCUCACCGGAAGAUAUUUUUCAACAUCCGAAUCAUGUCUAACACUUCUUGUCUGCUUACAUGGCUGAGCAUUUUAGCUUCCUCACAGUAAGAAACACACGUGGGCUAUGACUCUUUUCCUAUCAUCUUGGUAGAUAGCUAUUAUGUAGAAAGUGUUUUGUUAUAUCAAAGCACGUGAAAACUCUCACCAAACACAAAAGCACCCUUCCUCUUUGGUGAGAAAGCAAACAGAAAGCAAACAUCUAUAUAAAAUCCUAUGAAGGUUCCUAUGACAGAGUCCAGGCAGCUCCAAACCAUCAAAUGGAGACCAAGAAUGGCUCUACAAAACUUUCCAGAUAGAAUCCUUUCCAGAGACUGUGAAAGUCUGAAGGAAUAAAUAAUAUAAUUGGCAGAGCCUGAUGGUUUGCCUGUGGUAGGCAGCCAACGAAUCCUUAAUGAUGGGUUAUGCAAGCUAAAAUUGUGAAUGUCUCUAUUAUUAUCUUCUGGUGAAGAAUGCACAGUAUUUUCCUAAGAUCCUGGGUUUAACGGUUAGCUGGGAACUCGAACCACUGAGAAGCAAAACAAAUUCAACUUGAAGGAGUGAUGGAACCUGAGCUAUCAGUCAGGACAUGCGCAUCCUCUGAGUCAGGCAGAGCUGAGGAGACAUUCAUAAGCAGUAAUAGGGCCCAGUGUCUCCGAGGAAGGGUGCUGAGUCAGCACCUCUCCUGUUAGUCUCUCUGUGUGACCUCUCUCCUUCAAAUCAGAAAGCUUGGAAACAUACAAAAGACAAGAGAUUCCUGUUGCUUUAUCUCAUAAAUCCCAACUAUUUUUAAACAAGGAUCACUAUUGAGCAGUAUUAAAUGAAUUAUUUUGUUCUGUUUCAGGCUUUGACUUUUGAAACAAGGUCAUGCUGUGUAGCCCAGAAUAGCUUCAAACUCUCAGACCUACUGUUCAGCCUCAGUUUUAAGAUCGCAGGUGGGCACCCCUCAUUGCCUGGCAGAACACUGUUUAUUUUCACUUUCUUCUGGGGGACAGUGAACAGGGUAGCAGUGACCAGCAAUGAAUCCCUGAUAGAAGAUAAGACUGGCUGAGGGGAUUCCAUUUAGAUGUAGAAAAUAUUCUAGAUAGUCUGUAAGUGGUACCCAAGGGCUUUCCUAUGCUAAGUAGAUAUAUCUAGGCAAGGCAUCCAGAAGCAUGCCGGGUUUUGCUAUGUGGGGGAGGGUAAGGCCAUUCCAUCCAAUGGGUCUCCCCAUACAAGAAGAUACAAGGCCACCUGGGUACUUGAGCAUUGACUUUCUCUCAAAAGCACUCGCAGGGUGACUGUGUCUGUCAUCUCUGAUUCUGUUUGAAAAUCUUUCUAGUUGGCCUUAUCUUCAGCUCUCCCCUAGGAGUCCUGUUAGCCUAUGUGACAGAACGUUCAGGAGAACAAAGGCACACUACUUCACAAGUCAGGUUUUGCUGACUACAUACAUUGUCUGAAGAGAAUAUGCUAAGGAAAUCACAUUUAUCUGAAAAUUUAAUAAAUUUUUUUAAAACUAAAUAAUUUAUCAAAUUGGAGACCACCCUAAAAAUCUAGGAUGUGGUGGAAUUUAGGUAGUACUGUGUCUUGCUUUUGUAAGGCUGCAUUAACCCUUCCCAUGCCAUGCCCACUGAGGAUUCCUUUGCCUAGAAAAGGAGCGGGAAGCCGAAAAGAUGAUCAAGAAUGUGUUCUAGUAGCCAUAGUCUAUAUAGAUUGCCUGUCACUGUGCGUGUCUGUAUUAAUAGAGUUAUCGUAGAUCUGAAUGCCCAUAAUGAUUAAUCUUUUAUGUGUAGUGCUUUCUCUCUCUCUCUCUCUCUCUCUAUAUAUAUAUAUAUAUAUAUAUAUAUAUAUAUAUAUAUAUAUAUAUAUAUAUCUGCGCGCGCGCGCACACACACACACACACACACACACACACACACACACACACAGGGUGUAUGUCACAUACACUAACUCCAGGUACCAGGGAGACUUGUAUAUUGGGGCUUUGGCAGUACUAUUUCCUUAAUGGAUUCAGUUAAUAUUUUCAAGGAAUCAAAAUCAUUUCAGAAGAAACCAAGUGAGUAGACAUUCAUGCUUCCCUUUCUCAUCCUUUCCCUACGAGAAGCAAGACAAAUCAUCAUUUAAAUGUUGAGUAAAUUUCAACAAAGUCAAUUCACUGUAGGCUUCUGAGGGUGGCAGGACACCAAAGAGUCCAGGUAGCCAUAGGAUCUAAGCACACAAAACCUCAGUAAAGGCCUGUAGGUGAUUUUAGGACCAUGAGAUCAUUACCAGAUUUGGUUUUCUACUUCCUGUUCGGUGUAGCAAAAGCCUGUGUGGCCCCAUUGCCUAAGGAAGAUUUUAUUCUCCAUAAAAGACAAAUAUUCACUUCUCCUCACUAGUCACUAGUUAGUUUAGACAUUCACAGAGUAAAGAAAGGGUGCCAAAAUGCCCCCGGAUGAAAAUGAGAAAAGCAGAGAACUGGGUAGGAGGAAGUCAGUCCCUGCUCGGGGAUGCUGGGAUCUCAAUAGUUUGCUGAUAAGGAGCUCAGUUAAUUUCCAACUAUGGCUGCAAAAUCAUGGCACAUGGAAGUGCCAAAGGUCCUUGGAAGUAGUUAGAGGCCCUUGAGAGAGAGCUGAGAUGCCUCUGAAGAAAACCCAACCUUGUCUUGCUGUUGCAAGUAAUCCUCCCUUUGUUCUCCAAAGUAGAAUCUUACUAUAAUUUUCACUUUUGUCAGAAUCUAGGCUCUUGCCUACACAUUAUUUUCCUCAUGCAACAGAGCAAUAAACCAAAUAGGUGUUCACAUGCUUCUGGCUCCAGAUAAACAAGGCUGAGCAGCUCUGGCCUCUUUUGAUGACUAAAAUGGCAGCGGUUACACCCCAGAGGGCAACCUACCCUGUUUGCUGCUCUCUACUAGGACCAAUCUGUCUGCCCUGAAUUGUUGUUGUUGCUGCUGCUGCUGCUGCUACUGUUGUUGUUUUCCUUAUUCUGCAGCUGAACUCUUUAUCAGCCAAGAAGAAGGACCAAAUGGGAUUUUCCAGUAUUGGAAUACUUGCAGGGCUCCAGGGCCCAAGGGCCAGAAGAAGAUAAGGUUAGAGUCUGAAGCAAGGGUUUUUUAAACUAAGUUGUCACUGAAGAUUCAUGGUCUCGGUAUCUGUAGUAGCCUCUGGCUAAACCCAAAAGAAGGAUUACUGGGUGCCAACCCAGCCAGGUGGCAACUGUGACAGCUAGUUUUCCAUGGGUGGAGUGAGAUAGGAUCUCAUCAAGAACACCAACCAGCUUAGGAUUUUCCCUAAAACUCUUCCCAGUUUACUGCCCUCUCCUCCCCUUCCCUUCCUGCUGUUUCAUUGCUCAAUAGACUGCUUAGUAAAUGGCCAAAUAGUUAUGAGGGGGUUGGCUUGGAAGCAGAUAACAGGAGAUCUUAACUGAAUAAUAGUCUUAUAGCUUAACACCAUAAUCAGGCAACAACACAGAGAUGCUUAAAAACAACGUGGCUUGGGAGAGGAAACAUUUGAUUAAGACACUCCCCACUUGUAGCCACUGUGUGCCCAGGUUUCUUAUGCUUCUGUCUGAGAUGAGAAGGGAUUGGACCAAAUGCCCUGCUUUACUUUUGUCCAUCUGACUGCUCUCAAACAUUGCUUAUUUAUAUUUUAAGUUAGAAAGACACAAAAUAAUGAAUAAUCAGUUUAGAUGUUUCCUCAUCCAUUUUGGAAAAACUCCAACUCAAGCUUCCACUCAUUCCAUACUUUACAACAAGCUUGAAGAGUGGCCACAGUAACCCACCAUUUGCGGCAGUUUCGAGACAUCCGUAAAUAUCCUUUGGUUAAAAUCCCUAUUCCCUAAACGCAUUGUCCUCACGGAAGCAGUGAUUCUGCUCGGGGACAUGUUCAGCAUCACCGUGAGGGACCAGGUACCUCGUGUCUGCAUUUUGAGUUCUUGCAUCAUACCUGCUGUAGCAACAGAGCCCACUCCAAAUACUCAGCCCACAUAAUUUUCCCCAAACAGUCCUAAUUGCCAACCCUGUGUGGGAAAUUGAGGGCCUCUGGCAAACAAGCUUGAACACUCCUGACAUUUGGUGCAAGAUUUGCACAACAACAGCAACUGUCUCCACACAUGCAGGUAGACAAGCACAUUCAUUCUGAGACAACCCUCACACCAUCAGGGAUGUGCAGAUGGAGCUGACUGAUUUCAGUAGAAAGUUUUCCUCUUUAUCAAGAGGAAACAUGCAUAAGGGACAUCAUCAUAGGGAGAGAUGCUGUCACUUACAAGAUUGGAGUUAGUUUUCCCGUUUGCCCCUGCCCUUCCCAUGUUAACACAGUGUCUAAGUCAUCACAGCGGUGAGAGGUGGCUGUACCUUACUCUCUCUGGUUCUGUUACAAAAGGCCAUAGUUUGCAUUUUGGCUGUCUGACCAAAUCUCAGCCAGAAUUAAAUUGCUGUAUUUAGUUUUCAGCCCUUCAAAUGUGGGGGAGCAACACAGACAGCCAGGUCAGAAAGGGUUAAUUUUUGUUGAUGGUGAUGAUGGUUGGGUUUUUCUCUCCUUUCAAGGUGACAGAAGAUCUAAAGGGAGAGCAGAAAGAUGUUUCUUAACUGAUCCACUUAAGGUCACUGCAGAAAAGCAGGAGAAGUCCAGAAGGUCCUGGGGCAUUAGGCUCACACUAACACUCUGAAUCAUUCAUUUCUCAUCAUUUUUUUUCCUCUGCUGAGUCUUGUUUUAUCCUGUGAUCCAUUUAUCCAUUUUGGUAUUUUUAAGUCUUUCUGAUUGUAUUUUGAGGAACUUUUAGGCUGAGAAUAAAAUCUACUAUUGGGACAGACCUGUGCUCUGCAGAGGCAUCAGGUGACCCAGACAACGGGUGGCAGAAUAUCUGGGUUCCUCUAGAGACACCCCCAAUCCCUGGGUGAGCUUUGGAACCUAACAACUGAUUGUUAUCCUUAUCACCAUCCUCUGGGACAUGGGGAUGAUGCAGUCAGACAGAGACUUGCUACUUCUUGGCUCUGUUUCUCCCCAUGGCAACCAUUUAGCCUGCCUGGAAGUGGCCUGCUGCCUUAGGUAGGGGACAGAGACACUCAUAGACCAAGGAAGUGGUCAAACCGAUCACUAAUUUUUCUCCAUGCUACAUCAAAUUCCCUAACACACACAACUAGAAACUCAGCUCCUGGGUGUCUUAGUACCCACAAAGUCACUUUCCUGUUAUAAUUGCCUUCGGUAUCCAGAUUCUUCUACAAACCAACUCCACCCCAACUCUUUCCUCUUUCUUCCCUCCUCCCUAAAAUCUCAGCAUCCCAUCCCCACCUUGCACAACACAACACAGACCAGAUCAGCUGGUCACUAUAGAGAUUUGUAUAUAUUAAAACAAACCUACUUUUUGGAGAAUUUUUUGUAUAUUCUUUUUCUAUUUGUUUUCUACAGAUUGAGGAGAGAGCUGGCAAACUGUGAAUCUAAUUUUAUCUUGAUGCCAGCAGAUAUAUUUUGGCUUCCCGGUCUGAAUCUGUGUUACUAGGGACGGCAUAUCGCCCUCUGAUCAGUAUUGCAUCUCCAGUCUACAAAGUUACUUUGGCCCAAUCUUACAUUCUUUCUUCCACAAAUCCCCAAAUUUCUUUGUUAUUAUUUAUACAGAGAAAUAUUUAUAGUCCUGGAUAUCACAAGUUUAAUGUUAAUUUAACUUUUAAUAAUGUUACACAUUUAUAUCUAUUCUUCAAAAAUCAUAAAGACUCAGAGUAGGCUGAUAUAGUCUCUUUGGUAUCUGCAAUUUUUUCAGACAGAUAUUUUCUUAUGAUAUUUUCUAUACAACCACAUAGAUAGAAGUAUAGCUAAUUAGAGCACAUGUUUCUAUAGCAAUUUGGGGUAUCAACUGUUUUCUGAGCAUACAGACACAUUUGAGAAAUUUUGGAACUCAGUCCUUAAUGAUGCAAUUCGACCAAACUCAGAACAAGGAAUUGCUUAAGCCCCUUAGGUAGUUAGGGUAUAUGCAUCUGAACAGUUAAUCCUUCAACAUCAAGGAAUGGUGCUGACUGCUUUUUUCCAACACCAGUCCUUGUUUUCCCAACUGACCUUCCUAAUUUUUCUGUCUCAUAAAAUGAAUAAAGGCUGGUGCUAAUAGCAGGACUGCUUCUCUAUCAGAAUCUCCAUGCAUUACUAGAUGUUUAUGUGAAAAUUGGCCUAAUAAAAUGUAGAGUAGCAACAGCUGAGGAUGGCUGGUAAGGAAAGAAUUCAGGUCAGUUUUGGUGCAGUUAUGUCUUGCCAAGAAAAAAUGAUAGCAAAACCUCACAUUGUUAUAUGAAUUGAACAUAUAUUUUUAAGAAGAAAUUAAAGACAACAUAUUUUUAGUACCCAUUCAGAAUCCAUGCUGUAUCACUGGGGCGCUGGAGCUGGGAGUUAGAAUCAUACUGGGAUUAUUUAGAAUUAAACCCCAAUAGUUUAUCCUCAGGUAGGCAACAGACUGAUGUGACCUUCCCACAAAGUAAACCAGUAGUCACGGAAAACACAAGGUGUCUUUUCUCCACCAAACACACUCUCUGCAAUGGUGGGGAGACUGGUAUUUUACUGUGCUUGAAAGAAUAAAUAGCCUGUUAUAUAGAUGACAUAUUAGGAUGUAUUCAAGCCUGCUCCUCAUUAAGCGAACAGAUUAGAUGUGCCAUCAACUGGCUAAGAUUGUAUCUGUUUUCACAGCUAGCUAUCAGAGCAUGACUUUCUUGUGUGUAUACGUUGAUACUUGGUUCACGCAUGAAGACAGUGCCUAUGCACUUUGUGUAGCUAUAAUGUAGGUAUUUGUGUGUAAUUUCAGUGAAGCAGUGUAUUGAUGUAAUUUAAUUUAACUGUUUUUCUUGGCUGUUUAUCUAAAUGCAAUAGAUAUGACCAUGACCAUUUGGAAACCUUUCUUUGCAGUCUUAGGUAUCAACUAAGAGUUAUUUCUUAAUGUGAUCUGAGUGAAGAGCUUACCUAUGAAACCUCUGUACUGAUGACUGUUUGAAAAUCUCUAGUCUAGCACCUUUGUAAAUACAGCCCUGAGCUGGGAUGGGGUUGAAUGUGUUUCCUGUUACUCAGUGAAGUGUCAUCUUAUGCCUGCAUCAUUCCUAUUCAAUGUACGUGUGGAACUUGUGGUUACCAAGUCUGAGGGAGGUUCAGAAUGAAGAUGCUCAUCUCUCCUCCCUCACAGUGGACUGGGCUUAAAAAAUGUCCAUUUCCUCCUCAUACUCAAAUCAUGUCUUUGGGGAAGUGUCAACUUCUCAGGUUGUCAUAUCUUCACCAUGAUGACCAUGGCCUAAGAUUAUAAAGAACUUUGCUACCCUUAACUUUCUGAGUUAGAGUACAAGAAUGCAUUUACUGAUUAGCAACCAUGCAGGUGAGACACCCCCUCCUGAAAGCACAGUCUGGCAGCAAAUUGCACACUUGUGAGAGAAUGACAGAGUACUAGAAGCACACCGAGACCUGGAGCCAGCAACAGCCAGGGGCCAGCAAUGGUCAAGGACCAGCAAAGGCCAACGGCCAACCUUGGCACCGGAGGAGGACCAACCUCUGAUGCACUGAUCCUGAGUAUGUGACAGGAGGCUGGUCUCCUCUACCCAGUAAUGCUCUGUUUGCGUGAAUGAGAUUAACAAUGGCAAUUAGAUGUGAUCUCCCAAACCACAUUCUCACUAAUUACCAUACUGGGAGCUUUGUAGUUCCUAUAAGCCCUUUCUUCCCCACAAAGAAGAAACAACAUUGUGCUGGAGAGUACCCCUCCCUUUUCUCACAGAUCAUGGAGAUGUGAAGCAAGCACACUCAUUUUCAGGGGCUUCUCCAGAUGUGUGGAGUGAGGGGAUGUGGUGGCUGUAUCCUUCAAAUUAUGAAUGAAAACAAAGUACAGAAAGGAAAGGAGACUUUAGGCAGGAUUAUUUUUGAAUGAAAGAUAAGACUAAUGGUUUCUCUCCCAUUCCCAGUCCCCAUUGGUCUGAUGUCAUGUAGCAUAGUACAUCUAUAGCACAUGGUAUUUAAAGACUAAUGAAUGCAAAGAGACUAAUUUGGGGGCUGUUUCUUAUAUAUGGUACUAGGAAAUGCCUUGUUGGCAAAGCACACCUUGGGUAGUUGAGAUCUCCUAUGUUUGUAUUUAGCUUUUCUUGUGACUGUAACAUUUCAUGUGUAAAAUAACUGGAUAUUCUUCAUAUGAUGGAAAUAACCUGUGAAUUCAAUCUUUCAUCGAGUGUUUUAACUCCCGUGUACAUAUAUAUCUCAUCAAUAAAUGUGGAUUCCAAUUUC